UGUCGAGCCCCAGACGCCAUUAAAAGCGGGUGCCCCGGGCAACCAUCCCUUCCCCUUUCCCAACUUCCCACCCCACCCCUACAUGUCGUCGCGUUCCUCCCCGCGCUCGUGCUCCUGCAUCUUCCCACUCCCCACGCCCUCGCACUAAUGGCGAAGGCUGUUUGUUAAUAGAGGUAACAGCCGGCUAACCCACCGUCCGUCGUUUCUUGGAUUCUGCGCAUCUUCCAGUUUAGAAGAGUUUUGCUUUGGUUUCUUGAUUCCUUCCGAUUACGGCAUUCUCUGGGGCGUGGAUUUGGUUGUGGGGAGGAGGCUAGUUGAAGAUUUGUGGUGGAAUCUGUGGGGGAAUUGAUGGUGGGGUUCAUGAAAUGGGUGCAUGAUUGGUUGCUGUGGGACGCGUUCUUGGAGUGCGGAGGGAUCAUGAGGCCGCCUAUUAGAUAGCGGCUGGAGAGGGAGAGGAAGCUGAGGGGGAGGCCGCCAAUAGCACCCACCACCCCGAGGCGCGAGUCACCAGCCAUGGGGGAAGACCUCGUCACCACCCUGUCCAUGGAGAACGGCGGAGGCCACCACGGCCCCUGCACGUUCCUCUCCAUGGACCCGUCCGGCAACCUCUCCGCGCCGGACGACCGCGCCGUCGGCGUCAUGAUGCAGGCCCUCAUCGGAGGGGGCGUCGGCGUGCACACACACGCCGUGUCGCCCUCCGGCGCGCCUCCGCUCGACAUCAACCAGCCGUGGCAGACGGACCUCUGCGACAUGCUGGACGUCGGCCUCAGGCCACAGGUGUACAGCGCCGAGGCCGUGCUCAGCUGUGCUCCCAAGGCCGGGAGCCGCAAGGCCGCCAAGCGCGGGGACAGCAUCUGGGGAGCCUGGUUCUUCUUCACCUUCUAUUUCAAGGCCCUGCUGUCGGACAAGUGCAAGGACAAGGUUAUCCGGGACACCAACGGCGUGCUGGAGUUUGACAAGUCGGACCUCCGGCACGACAUGUUCCUGGUGCAGCACGACAUGGAGAACAUGUACAUGUGGGUGUUCAAGGAGCGGCCGGAGAAUGCCCUUGGGAAGAUGCAGCUGAGGAGCUACAUGAACGGGCACUCGCGGCCUGGUGAGCCGCAGUUCCCGUUCAGUGCCGACAGGGGAUUUGUCCGGUCGCACCGGAUGCAGCGUAAGCACUACCGGGGGCUCUCAAACCCACAAUGUAUUCAUGGGAUUGAGGUGGUGAGGUCACCAAAUCUUGCAAGGCUCGCCGAUGUUGACCUGAGGAGGUGGGCAGAGCUUACAGGGAGGGAGCUCAAUUUCGUAGUCCCGCAGGGGGCCAGUGAUUUUGGGACAUGGAGAACUAUGCCGAGCUCAGAGCUUGAGCUUGAGAGGCCACACCCUGUCAUGAAGAGCAAUGGUAACCAAAACCCAACGAAGCUGCUAAAUGGAUCAGGCUUGAAUUUGUCAUCACCGUCGAAUCUUUCAGGAGAAGAUGGUAUUGAUCUCUCUCCAGUUAGUAGCAAACGCAGGAAGGAAGGGUUCCCACAUGUCAUGGAUGAAGAAGCCUUCUUGCCACUGAAUUCUUGCAUCGAGAAGACUCAAGAUGUGGAGAUGCAUUCAGUCACGCAACCUUCAUGGCUCCACGAAUUCACUGGGGUAAUGAUAAAGGCUUCCGGGCCAGUGACUGCCUCCAAGUCUAUUUACGAGGAUGACCAGGCCUACUUAAUCAUGGUCAGCUUGCCAUUUGUUGAUCAGCAGAGGGUGAAGGUUUCGUGGAGGAACACUCUUACUCAUGGCAUUGUGAAGAUCCUUUGUGUUAGUACUGCAAGGAUGCCACACAUAAGAAGACAUGGUAGGAUUUUCAAGCUUGCUGAUCCCUCGCCGGAGCACUGCCCUCCUGGGGAUUUCAUCCGUGAAAUACCUCUAUCUACUCGCAUUCCUGAAGAUGCUAAGCUGGAGGCAUACUUUGAUGAGGCUGCUUCAGUGCUUGAGAUUGUGGUCCCAAAACGAGGAAAUGAGCCUGAAGAACAUGAAGUUAGGGUCUCACUGCGACCUCCUCACUACGGAGCUAAUGAUCUACUUUUGACCUAAGUAAAGUAAGGUCUCUUAGCCAUGUUGCAUCUUGUUUGUAACCCCAGAUUAACGCUGAAAUGACCUGAGAAUCAAGGUUUCAGUAUAAUGCUUGUUGUGUGGCUAGUCUUUUUAGUGCCUGUGCUGUACCUGUACUAAGUCUUCAGCAACAAAGACUUGGCUGCAGACUAGUUUGUUCUAGAUUUUGUGUUAUGGUUGUCUUUUUAACCCUCAUGUUCUACAGUUAUGGUGGGAUUGCUGAUUCUAGAUUCAAUUACCAAAAUAAAAUUCUGAGUUAUCACC